AAGGAAAAGAGAUAUAGACAAUGCUGGAGGGGAUGUCAGGGCCAAGGAAAGGUCUUUUUUAAAGAAUUGGAUGGAUUUGAAGAUGUUUGUAAGGUAGUCUAAAAAGAGUCAAUGAACAAGAAAAAAAAUCUACAAUUAGGAAGAGAGGAUGAUCAAAAGAGCAACCUGCUGGAGGAGAUGGGAGCUAAUGUGGUCAAGGGCAAGUAAAAGGUCUAAUAAAAAGUAAUUCAAUAGCAGGAAACUGGAUAAGAAUGGUACUGGGAAGAUUCAACUGUAUUUUAAAAAAUAUUUUAUUUAAAAUAUCAUUUAUGAGCUGCCUUUGUUUAAAAAAAAUCAGAUCUGGGAUUUCACCAGUACAGACAGUUUAUGAUGAAUACACAUCUCUACCACCAAUGUAGCUCAGAAUCUUCUCUGCAAUAGAUUACAAGAGAGGAUGCCUCUCGUGGAACAGUUAACUCCCAGUGAUCCUGUGUUCCACCUAUUCUCUUCAUGUUCUUGUUAUCCUGUGUACGCUUGCUUUCCCUGAAGUUCCAAGCUCCCCAGUCAUUGGUCAGCAGAAGGUUCCAGGCUCUCCAGUUCUUGGUCAGUUGUCCUUUACGUCCUUUCAUGGAUCUGAAAACUCUUGUUUCAUCAUUGAAUGACUUUGCCCCACUCUCAUUAGCUGAAAAUUGGGACAAUGUUGGAUUAUUGGUUGAGCCAAGCCCACCCCAUAUUGUGAAGACACUUUUUCUAACAAAUGACCUGACCGAGGAAGUGAUGGAGGAGGCGAUCCAAAUGAAAGCAGAUCUCAUCCUCUCCUAUCAUCCGCCUAUUUUCCGACCACUCAAGCAUAUAACUUGGAAAACAUGGAAGGAGCGUCUGGUUAUCCGGGCUUUGGAGAAAAGAAUUGGCAUCUACUCUCCACAUACUGCCUAUGAUGCUUCACCUCAAGGAGUCAACAAUUGGUUAGCAAAAGGGCUUGGAUGUUGUACCUCUCUCCCAAUACAUCCUUCAAAAUCUCCUAGCUAUCCAACAAUAGGAACCCAUCGAGUAGAGUUUAAUAUAAAUGAUACCCCAAGCAUGGACAAGUUUAUGUCUGCAGUGAGAGAGAUACCGGAAGUUUCAAUAACUACCUUUUUUGCUAGGAAUAAUGGAGAAGAGCAAACUCGAGUCAGUUUGAACUGUACCCAGAAAGCAUUGCUUCGAGUGGUGGCUUUUCUCUCUGAAAAUAGUCAUCUUUAUCAGAAAACUGAGAUUCUGUCCCUGGAGAAGCCCUUGCUUCUGAAUACUGGGAUGGGAAGAUUAUGCACAUUGGCUGAAUCUGUCUCCCUGGCAACCAUGAUUGAACGAGUCAAAGGUCACCUAAAACUAUCCCAUGUUCGCCUAGCUCUUGGAGUAGGGAGGACUCUAGAAUCACAAAUCAAAGUAGUAGCCUUGUGUGCUGGUUCUGGGAGCAGUGUUCUUCAGGGUGUGGAAGCAGAUCUUUAUCUUACAGGUGAAAUGUCACACCAUGAUGUCCUUGAUGCUGCUGCCCAAGGGAUAAAUGUCAUUCUUUGUGAACAUAGCAACACUGAACGAGGUUUCCUAUCAGAACUUCAAAACACGCUGGCAGCCCACCUAGAAAAUAAGGUUCAUAUUCUCUUGUCAGAGACAGACAGAGACCCUCUUCAAGUGGUGUGAAACAGCCCAGGACCAUCUUGGCUACAACACUACUUAAAUCCAUCCUAAAGAGUUUGUGUUCAAGAACAGAAUCAGUCCACCUCAAAGUGGUAUGCCCUAUAAUUCUUCAUUUUUAUGUAAUUUAAUGAACUGGUUUAAUUGAGGCCUUAAAGUGAAGAUUAAUGUUAACUGCUGUAUUAAAACAAAAGAUAUUUGCUAUAAACCCUAAUAAAAAUUGGGGAAACUGGCUUUUAGAAGAUAGCUUCAUGUAAUCUAGUACUCUAUUCCACUGAUUUCUUUUAAUGUUAGCUUAUAUAUUACUUAAAAUAUUUUUCACUAGACUACUAUAAACAAACUCAUAGAGGGUACUUUCCACAUGUUAAUUUUUACAAAUUUAUGAUAUCACUGAGGAAAUUAAAAUUAUUCUGUAUUCAAUAAUUGAUUCUAUUCUAUAAUUAGCUCCAUUCUCCAUCCUGUCAGUCAAGCCACAUUUCUCAGUUCUGGAGUUAACCUCAGGCAAGUAGUUGAAAGGUAGGGAAAGUUAUCACUCAGGCUAUGUCAGUUAGCCCCUGGGACAUCUAAUUGUUUUCUGUAAGCCUCAACCAGUUUAAUCUGCUCAAAAACCUCUCAAAAGUCAUCAGUCCUUUCCUUUCCUUGUGCAAUUAGGGUAGUCUUGAUCUUUGAGAAAGGGGGGAUCAAACUUGGUAGUUCUUAUCCCCUAAUAUUACAAAAGGCAGGUGAGUCCCAUAAAACAAUUUUAAUAUUCUUUAAUUGUCAGAGGGAUAAAUUAGCCACACCUGAAUGCCAAUCUGCAUCCUCCCCAUUUCCUCUUUCCUCGCCUCCACCUUUCCUAUAUGUCCAAGAAAAAAAAAAAAAAAAAAAGAUUCCUUUCCUUCUCAU